AUGGGAGAAGAGGAUGGUGGUCUGCUUGGCACCAUCUGGAGCACCGUGUGCUCCGCCUCGAAGGAAGAAAUGCRGAGGUCUCAUGACUCAUUUAGCUUCUACAUCGAUGAAGCCUCUCCGGUUGGGCCUGAACAGCCAGAAACUGUCCAGAACUUUGUCUCUGUAUUUGGGACAGUGGCUAAAAAGCUGAUGAGGAAGUGGUUGGCUACGCAGACAAUGAACUUCACUAGCCAGCUGGGGGCAGGUAUUCGGUAUUUUGAUCUUAGGAUUUCCACCAAGCCCAGAGACCCGGACAAUGAGCUCUACUUUGCCCAUGGUUUAUUCAGUGCCAAAGUCAAUGAAGGCCUGGAAGAGAUCAAUGCUUUUCUCACUGACCACCCCAAAGAAGUGGUCUUCUUGGACUUCAAUCAUUUCUACGGCAUGCAGAAAUGCCAUCACGAGAAGCUUGUCCAAAUGCUCAAAGACACAUACGGAAACAAAAUGUGUCCAGCGAUAUUUGCCCAUGAAGUAAGUCUCCAGUACCUGUGGGAAAAGGAACACCAAGUGCUGGUGUUUUAUCACAGCCCAGUGGCUCUUGAGGUACCGUUUCUUUGGCCAGGUCAGAUGAUGCCGGCACCCUGGGCGAACACAACAGAUCCGGAAAAACUGAUUCAGUUUCUCCAGGCAUCAAUCACCGAAAGAAGAAAGAAGGGCUCCUUUUUUAUAUCGCAAGUCGUGCUGACGCCAAAGGCUAGUACAGUGGUGAAAGGAGUUGCUAGUGGUCUUAGAGAAACAAUCACAGAAAGAGCUCUUCCUGCAAUGAUGCAGUGGGUCCGAACUCAGAAACCAGGAGAAAGUGGUGUAAAUAUUAUCACUGCAGAUUUUGUAGAACUUGGUGACUUUAUCAGCACAGUCAUAAACCUCAACUAUGCCCUGGAUGAAGGUAAAGAGCAAAACUAAACAUGUUUACAGUGUUUGAUAAAAGAAGGCCACUUACAUGUUUUCCAUGAGGUACCAAAUGUGAUUCGUAUGUCUUCUACGGUUAUGAACAGUGCCAAGAAAUUUGCAGCAUUCAGAGCAGUGAGAUGUAUGCUGCCCUCUCUCUGCCCACAGCAGAAUUCCUAUAGGUGUGAGCAUCACCCUGGGAAUUUAAGGACAGUAUAUGUAGCCCUAAAAUUUUGAGUUGCUACACUUCAUCCGUCAGGUGGUGUAACUGAUUGUAUUUAUCAAUGAGCAGCAGGUUUCAAUACCUUUGUGAAAUAAAUAAAAAGUAAUGCCUCCAACAUAUGCAUAAUCAGUGGACAGUACACAUGAUGUGUUAUGUAGCUUGCACAGACUAAAUCCUGCUUGCUUUUCAUUCUUGCAGUGGGGUUUUCUAAUGUCUCUGCCCUGUGUAAAGUCAGCAGUUACGUACUGCUAGCCUAACUCUGUACCAAGUGCUGCCAUUGCAUGUUUUACAUGGUUUCAGCAGGAAUAAAGUCAGGCUGGCUUGGAGCACCACUCCCUCUCAGGAUUAAUCUUACAUGAGUCUGAUCCURUGUGCAAUGCAUUUAAUAGGAAUUUUUCCUCUGUUGAAUGUGACUUGGGAUCUGUGUGCUCUGUAAGGGUCAGGAUUUGGUCUUACAUUGGAAAUGUGUGUUCUACAGGAUUAACACUGCACUUCAAAACAAGAAGUAUAGUCUGAGCUUCUCUUGAAGGCAGCUACAAACUGUACUGAYCACAAAGAAAAAAAUCAGUGCCAAUUUCAUCAGUGAAAAAAUACUGUACUAAAGAGUGGUGUAGUUCAAUAUCUAGCUAAUAAUAUUAAGUAGAGUCCUUAUGUUGUUCAUGAGAAAUAACAGACCUAAUYGAAUGAUUGGAAAUACCUGGAAAUACUGUAUGGCACUGUUCUGGUGACAGAAUUUCUUUCACUUUACUUUUGAUGAAACAUAUAAAACUCAAAUAUAUGGAAAAUGUAGUGAGCUGUAAAAUGAGAGCCUUGCCACUGUAUGACCCCUAACUGGAUACAAUGCAGUCAUGUAUUUGAUAUAUCAAUGUGUAUGCACACAGUCUCUGAAAGCUAAACAUUUCGUUUAUGGAAAGUGAGAGAUMUUGUAACAUCUUACAAGGAAAAUGCUCCCUGAAAUACUGCAGGGCUUUAUAGGACAAGACUGAGGUCAGGUUCCAUUGAUACUAUGAGAACUCUUGCUUGAGUGAGGGAGAGAAUAUGUUGUGAUCCCUUGCUGUUUUCCAUCAGUCAGUAAGGACUGCCAGCUCAAACAGCU